AGAACUUUUCAAAUAGUUAUUUUUCUAGCAUUGUUUGUGUUUUUAUCUCCUUCUGUUUAUUCUUUACCGUUGUCAACAAAAGGAAGGUGGAUCAUUGAUUCGACAACAGGGCGUCGAGUGAAGCUUGUGUGUGUGAAUUGGCCUUCCCACACACAGAGCAUGCUAAUAGAAGGUCUCAACCACAGGCCAUUAAAAGAGCUAGCAGAUGAGGCAAUCAAGUUGAGGUUUAAUUGUGUACGACUCACGUAUGCAACUCAAAUGUUCACUCGUUAUGCAAAUAGGACAGUUGAAGAGAAUUUUGACCUUCUUGAUUUAGAGACAGCAAAAGCUGGAUUGGCUCAAAAUAAUCCUUUUGUGUUGAACAAGACUAUUGCUGAAGCUUAUGAAGCCGUUGUUGAUGUGCUUGGAGAGAGUGGUUUAAUGGUGAUUGCUGACAACCAUAUUAGCCAACCAAGAUGGUGUUGCUCUCUUGACGAUGGCAAUGGUUUCUUUGGAGACCGCUAUUUUGACCCUCAAGAAUGGCUACAAGGUCUUAGCUUAGUUGCUCAACGCUUUUCCAAGAAAUCAACGGUGGUUGGAAUGAGCCUACGUAAUGAGAUACGAGGAACCAAUGAAAAUGCAAAUGAUUGGAACAAUUAUGUUACUCAAGGAGUAACAACAAUCCACAACAUUAACCCAAAUGUUUUAGUGAUUGUUUCGGGCCUAAAUUAUGAUAAUGAUCUUCGAUGCUUAAAAGAGAAGCCCUUGAAUGUAAGCACCUUAGACAACAAGUUGGUUUUUGAGGUGCACUUGUAUUCGUUCAGUGGAGAUUCAGAGAGUAAAUUUAUAAACCAGCCACUAAAUAAUAUUUGUGCAAAUAUUAUCAAUGGCUUUGUAGACCAUGCUGAAUUCGUAACGGAAGGAUCAAACCCAUUUCCUUUGUUCGUCAGCGAAUAUGGGUAUGAUCAGAGAGAGGUUAACGAUGCAGAAAACCGCUUCAUGAGUUGCUUCACAGCUCAUCUUGCACAAAAAGAUUUAGAUUGGGCAUUAUGGACUUGGCAAGGUAGCUAUUAUUACAGGGAAGGUCAAGCAGAGCCGGGAGAAACUUUUGGAGUUCUCGACUCCAAUUGGACUCAAAUUAAAAAUCCUAACUUUGUCCAGAAGUUUCAACUAUUGCAGACUAUGUUACAAGAUCCAAAUUCCAAUGCAUCGUUUUCGUAUGUUAUAUAUCAUCCACAAAGUGGCCAAUGCAUCCAAGUCUCAAAUGACAACAAAGAUAUUUUCAUGGGUAAUUGCUCCAUCUCAAGUCGAUGGACUCAUGACAAUGAUAGCACUCCAAUUAGGAUGUCGAGCACUAGUUUAUGCUUAAAAACCAGCGGAGAAGGUCUUAUGCCAUCUCUCUCAAUAGAUUGCUUAGGCCCACAGAGUUCUUGGAGCGCCAUUUCAAACACUAAGCUUCAUUUGGCCACCAUAGCUCCAAAUGGGAAAAGUCUUUGCUUGCAGGUCGAAAGCUCUAAUUCUUCAAAAAUUGUGACAAACUCAUGUAUUUGCACUAAUGGUGCUCCAAAUUGCCUCCAAGACACCCGAAGUCAAUGGUUUGAACUUGUUAAAACCAACGCAUUGUGAGUUGCUUAUGUAUUCCGAAGAAUAAAUAUAUGACAGGCCCAACUUUGAA